AUGAAUAAAAUUAAAUAUGCAUUUCCCUUAUUGUGGAAACACAACAUAAUAGGAAAUACGAUAAAAAUAAAUCCUAUGUCUUCAAAAAUAAUUGAUAGGGUUUUCAUAAAUAGUAAUAAAACUAAUAUCUUAAAUUUUAGUAACAGAACAAAAAUUAAAAAAGUAAAAUGCUAUAGUUGUAAUUGUGAUAUAAAUAUCGAAACUCUAGUACCUUUGUGUUGUCAGAGUUGUAAGGCAUUGAUUAGUGUAGACGUGUUUAAAAUCUUUAACUUUUUCGAGCUUUUUGACAUAGAACCGACCUAUGAUAUAGACAAAAAUAUUUUAAAAAAAAAAUUUAAUGAUAUUCAAAAAAUAUACCAUCCUGACCGAAACUCUCAAAAUCCUGAAAUGGAAAAGGUAAAUGAAGUAUCAAGUUACAUAAACAAUGCUUAUAAAACUCUCUUAAAUGAUAUAGAUCGAGCUAUAUAUAUCAUGGAUAAGAAAUAUAAUUACAAGAUACAUGAAGAAGAAAACUUAGAGGAUGAACAAUUUUUAUUUGAAAUUGUUGAGAUAAACGAGGAAAUUAACAAUCCUGAUGCGAACAUUGUCGAAUUGGCAAAGAAAUAUAAAGACAAAUAUCAAGACCAUGUAGAAAAAAUAAAACUUUAUUUCAAACAAAAAGAUUUUGACAAUGUUAUAAAUGCUUUAAAAAGGUUAAAAUUUAUAAAUAGAAUUUUGGAUAGGUUGCAAAAUAUAUAA